GAACUAAUACUGGAGUACAGAGAAUAAGAUCAGGGAACUAGUUGAUGUCGCGGAUGAAGCAGGGCGCGACCGUGUUUUGUUCACAGCUCGGUGAUUUGCUUCGUUUGUCGCCGUUUGUUUUUGUUAAUCUGUCAGGCAUUUAACCGGGACAAAAUAAAGAGUUUGAAUUGCUUGAACAAAGUUAAGACCGGUGGCUUCCAAAUAAUAAACAUCUAAACUAAAAUUCUUCCUAAGAACAGGUUUUAUCUGCAGUCUGCUGGAGGAUGUUUGACCAUCUUGGAGUGAGGUUCAUUUUUUUAAGAGGUUUUGCUGCGUCUAGACCUCAUAAAUGCUACAGCGAAACAAAAGGUUGAAACCCUCAUAUAGUCGUUCCGUUAUGUUCACAACAGACUUUAACCACUGUUUCAGUUUGGACUGUUGAAAUGUAGAAACCUUAAAGUGAAUUGAAAUAUUGAUAUUUCAGCGCUUGUUCUUGAUUUCUGUUGUUUUUGCAGCGUAAAUACCAGAGAGAAAAUAUUAAUAUUUAUAACAAGUUUAAUCUGUGGAUCAUAUUGCAAUCACUUCCUAAUGGGUGGACAAUUAUUUUUCCAAAUGGGAGAUGUGAAAAAUUUGAAUGACAUUAGAUAAGAAUGCAGGGGUCAAAAGGUGAAGCUGAUUCAAUACUGAAUAGAAAAAUUAAGUGAUUCUUUUUUCUUCGCUUAUUGUCCCUUUUAAGCUCAGAUAAUAUUAAACUCUCCCUUUAAUUAAUUUAUCUAUGUUUUAACAACAACACCCUGACAGAGACCAGUUAGCUUCCAAGCUAAUGGAGAAGCUAACUCAGAGUACAACGUAACAUUACAUGUUACGUUGCUACCAGCUGUCAGGAACAAAUAUAAGUUUAGAAGUAAGAGAACCACGUUUUAUGAACAGUUACAGCCAAUAUUAGUGAGUUUCCUCAUUGACCGUCUCAGCUAUGACAUGUACAUAUCUCACUUAUGACACAUCUGUUCUCCCAGUAAGAUCUUCCAAAACAACAUGUCUUUUGUCACUUGGAAGGUUCUUGAUGGUGGUUCUCUUGUGAAUGAAGAGAGAAACAAAGUUGAACACAAGAUAACGAACAUUAUAAAAAUAAAAGAGGAACCAGAGCCACAGCAUAUUGCUGACAGGAAAGAGGAACUGGAAUCUCAACCAAUUAAAGAAGAACAGGUUGAACGUUUUAUCAUUCAGGAUGAAGGGCAGCUAUUAGUGAAGCAGGAGACCAACAUCACCAUGGAAAUAUUCCACAAGGAACCAGAACUACAGCCAGUAAUAGGGACAAAGGAGGAAUCAGGACCUGUAGCGAAUUCAGAUGACGAACCAGAACUUAUUCAGAUUAAAGAGGAACAUGAGGACCACUCUUGUCAUCAGGAUGAAAAGCAUCUUGACAUAAACCAGGAAGCUGAAAUCUUUAUAAGGGCUCCUGCGUGUGAGCAAAAGGACAGCCAUGAACCGGAACCAAACAAGAACCAGCUCCCCUCUGUAAACCACCAAGAAGAUGAGAACCAACAUCAGCAAGGAAGCAACCAGGAAGACUCCGGAUCAAGAAGAGACACAGAUCUGCAGUCAGAGAAGAAACCUAAGGACACCAGAAAUCACAGGGCGUUUGUGAACAAUUCAAAUCAUAGCGGACAUAAAACAAAUUUGCCGUCAUGUGAAGUAUGUGGGAAGUGUUUUGCGAAGCGCAAAUAUGUGACUGUCCACAUGAGAACUCACACAGGAGAGAAGCCGUAUCCCUGUACAUUUUGUGGUAAAUCUUUUAUUGACCAUAGCACCAGAGCCAGACACACCAGAACACACACCGGUGUGAAGCCAUAUCCUUGUGAUCUAUGUGAUAAAUCAUUCACACAGCCUAAUCACUUGGCUCAUCACUUAAGAACUCACACAGGUGAGAAACCUUUCUCAUGUCUGACUUGUGGAAAAGAUUUCAGCCAGCAGUCUAACCUAACUGUCCACAUGAGAACUCAUACAGGGGAGAAGCCUUACUAUUGUGAGCUGUGUGAUAAAUCAUUCAUCCAGCCCAGUGGUUUGGCUCGCCACCUCAGAACCCACACAGGUGAGAAGCCUUUCUCUUGUCUAACCUGCGGGAAAGGUUUCAUCCAGCAGUCUAAUUUGACAGUUCACAUGAGAACUCAUAGAAAUAAGAAGCCACCAUUCACAGUCCAACAAAAGGCUAGUUCUUUUUUGCUAACUAAUGAGUAAAAAUUAAAUUGGUUUCAAUAUUAAAGGAAAAUG